GUCUGCUAGUUUGCGAUUCACACACGCAAGUUAGCCUGUCGGCUAACUAGCAUAACUACUUCAUUACUUUUACUCACAUUUAUGUAUUUUAAACGCUGUGUAGUUGGUAGACGUAAAAAGCGUGCUCGCCAUAGCUUUAUAUAGUGUUCACCGAAGCGGGUGGUUCCACUUAUUGGUUUGACUUUGCACCGGAUUACUGCAUGUUGUUUGUACGAUCAUGAAGGUGAACAAAACCGCACAGGUAAAAGGUAAAUCUCAGAAAUGGAAAGACGUACGGAGUAAACGCUGCAGACCUUCCACCAAGCCUUCAGAUCUGAACUCCAGUCCUGUCAUGGCUAAGAUGAUAAAGGAGCACCAGGUAUCUGUGAAGAAGAAACCCUCUGUGAAGAGGCUGAAAAAGAAAGCAAAAACUGUUUCUGAAAACAAGAAAUCCUCUCCUGAAUCUGGAAUUGAUAAAGCUAGCCCUCAAGCCAAUGGCUGCUCCACGUUUCCCCCGGAGGACGAGAAACAGGAUCUUCAGGAUUGGAGGGAGAGUUCAGGAUCAGUUCACGCUAACGGCAUGGAGUCGUCGGAAGAUACAGAAGUCCAAGGCGGGAGACUGGAGGGGGAGGCUCUUCAUCACUAUGCACAAAGAAGCCACCAACAGAACCGGGCGGUGUUGAUCAUGCAGAAAAAUCAGGUAUUCUUCACCCGACAGUCCCUGAUUUUCAAACCAAUACAUGUGUCCAGGAAGAAGUUGGUAAAAAAGGUAACGCCGACCUCCUCCAUCAUCCUACUGGAUCCUCUGGAGUCUCCUCUGACACGUUUCCUGUCGAGCUUUACUCAUCUUGGUGAACUGUUCAGCCCCGCCAUGAGUGAACUCAUGUCUGCGGUUCUUGACACGCCGCUGAACGGUCUGGGCGUGAUUCCUUUAGCCAGCUCCAUCGAGGGACUGAAAACGUCCAGGAGCUGCAGAGAAGCUCUUGGUGCUGUUGUUAAUGCCUGCAGAGGAGACUUCGAUGGCAGUGCUGUUAUUCUGGUGUGUGGGAUCAAAAAUGUUGGCAAAUCAACAUUUAUCCGGAUCCUCAUCAAUACGUUACUGAAUCAUACUUCCAGUGUGGAUUAUUUGGAAGGCGAUCUUGGUCAAACAGAAUUCACCCCGGCUGGUUGCUUGUCGUUGUUGACCGUCAAAGAACCACUUCUGGGUCCUCCAUUCACUCACCAAAUCACCCCAGACCACAUGAUCUACUAUGGCCAGCCUUCAUGCGAGACAGACCUGGACCACUACCUGGAUUCUCUCAAGUCCUUAUGGCGCAGACGUCCACAGAACAGAGAAAUGCCCGUCAUCAUUAACACCGCAGGCUGGGUCAAAGGGUUUGGACUCCAGCUGUUGGUGGAUCUGAUCCGCUUCCUCCCAGUCACUCACGUCGUCCAGCUCAGUCACGGAAUCACCACCCAGUUUCCCUCCCUCACUCCGGAGUUUCUGAGGACGGCGCAGGGCUACCAGACACACCCGCCCGCUCAGACCGCCCUGGACGAGUUCACAGAGAGCCACUGCCCUCCCAGAGCGUACACCCACCUCAGCGUGCAGUCAGAGUUUCUAAACGUGGGGCGCCAAGGGACAGCAACACACCAGCGUUCCAAUGAGCACAGAGAGCUGUCUCUGCUGGGCUACUUGAGUCAGCUACAGUCUCCUGACCCUGGACCAGUGAGACCCCUACAUACCCUCACCCCGUACCAGGUGCCUAACACAGCAGUGGCUUUGGGCGUUAUCCACUGUGAAGUCGCUCCCUCCCACAUGUUGUACGCUGCCAAUUCUAGUCUGGUGGGACUCUGCUGCUUGGCAGAAAAAAUCAUAAGCAAGGGCGGACCGGUCAUCCUGUCGCAAGCACCCCUAUGUCCAUGUGUGGGGUUUGGCGUAAUCCGAGGAAUCGACAUGGCGCGAGGUUUGUACUUCCUGCUGACUCCUGUAGAUCCCUCCAUCCUCAGAAAAGUCAACUGUCUCCUCUUAGGGGAGAUAUCGCUGCCUUCAUGCAUCCUAACUGCGCAGGCCGGCAUUGAAGGCGAGACGCCGUACGUCACGACAGACUACAGCUUCGACCUCACCGGUGCAGGAAAGAUCCGAGUCUUCAAGGGACUGAUGAGGCCAGGCCUUAAAGGAGUGCAGUGACCUGGCUGCACCGCCUUAGAUUUGUCCGCCUUUACAUUUCUCGACUUGUCUUGCGUCGGGGUGAUCGUCACCAAGCUGUGAAUGUCCAGAACUGAAGUCGUGUUUGCAGCACAGCCUUGACCCUACAGGAGGGGUUCACUGCAAUCUUCUUAGUGAACAUCGCCGAGGAAUUCAGACGCUCUGAUAACCGUUAUCAGCUGUUCACUCUGGAAAGGAGCUAGAAGCUGCUGUUUAUCACAUGGACGUUGCUGUUUAACAUGAUACUUUCUUUUAGCUUUUGUUUGUCACAUUCCAAAACUUAAAAACCUGCCAGAUAAUAAACAAAGGGAGAAAAAACUACUUUUG